UGUGUGUGAGGGAAGAGAGAGAGAGGUAGCAGUCAGUGCAAUGGGAUAGAGGAGAGCGAGGAGGAGGAGGAGGAGAGUGAAUGAGAGCUGCUGCUGGAUCUGCCUUGCCUGCGUGCCUGCCCGUCGUUUGCUGAAGCUGGGUUUACUGCCGCGCCACACUGCACUGGCACAGAGCAGUCACGGCCCAUUUGCACCACUGUCUGGACCCUCAGCACCAACACGGAACCGCACAGCACCGGAAUUCACUCCUUCAACACCACCUGCAAGGAAAACCAGGGGCCGAGCUCACUGGGCUUUCUCCAUCAUCAAGGGGGGGACGCAGCAGCUACGAAGGGGCCUGACGCUACAAUUUAGGAACCAGCUGCUACCUCAACCACAUCCCUCUCCACCUUAUCCCAUCCUUACCACCACCACCACCACCACCACUCCUCUCUUGCUCCUCCCUAUGCCCUUGUCCUCAGCGGCUCCUCUCACCUCCCUGGCCAGUAUAUGGAUAGAAGCUCCCUGUUUCAGCUCAUACAAGAGCAGCUGGACCCAGAGAACACCGGUUUCAUCGCAGUGGAGAACUUCACCAGCUUGGUGGAGCACCAUGAGCUGCAGCUGGACCCAUCCAAGCUGGACAUGCUGUUAGCCCUGGUCCAGAGCAAUGAAGAGGGACAGGUGUGCUACCAGGAGCUCAUUGAGCUGAUGAGCAGUAAGCGCUCCAGCAGCUUCCGACGAGCCAUUGCCAAUGGCCGCCGCACGCUGCAGAGGGAGAUCCUGCUGGAUGAGACAGGGCUGGGUUUGUACAAACGUUUUGUUCGCUAUGUGGCCUAUGAGAUCCUGCCCUGCGAGACAGACCGACGCUGGUACUUCCACCAGAACCGCCUGUGUCCCCCACCUGUCUUCAUCGCCAUCGUCACCAUCGUACAGAUUAUCGUGUUCAUGUGCUAUGGCAUCAUGCUAAACAAGUGGGUACUGCAGACCUAUCAGCCUGACUUCAUGAAAAGCCCCCUGGUCUACCAUCCCGGCCAUCGUGCACAAGUGUGGCGCUUCUUCAGCUACAUGUUUAUGCAUGUUGGUUUAGAGCAGCUGGGGUUCAAUGCUUUACUGCAGCUGAUGAUUGGUGUUCCUUUGGAGAUGGUCCACGGCAUCUUACGAAUAAGUCUGCUUUACAUGGCAGGAGUGCUUGCCGGCUCGCUGACUGUGUCCAUCACCGACAUGCGCGCUCCAGUGGUGGGGGGCUCCGGUGGGGUCUAUGCUCUGUGCUCAGCGCAUCUGGCCAAUGUCGUCAUGAACUGGGCCGGGAUGCGCUGUCCAUACAAGCUGCUCCGCAUGAUCCUGGCACUAGUUUGCAUGAGUUCGGAAGUGGGACGUGCAGUCUGGCUCCGCUUUUCACCACCGCUGCCCUCCUCGGGGCCACAGCCCAGCUUCAUGGCACACCUGUCGGGGGCUGUGGUCGGCAUCAGCAUGGGGCUGCUGAUUCUGCGCAGCUACGAGGAGAGUCUGCAGAAACAGUGCUCCUGGUGGGUGAUCGUCUUCUCCUUCAUCACCUUCCUCCUCUUCGCCAUCUUCUGGAACAUCUUUGCAUAUGAGUUGCUGGGGGUGCAGAUACCGCCUCCUCCCUGAUGAAGGCCCCCCAUCCCUACUCUCCCACAGGCCCUGCUUCACUUACACUCUGACUCCCACCCUGAUCCAAACAAAGGCUCCCCUUUGACCAUAGUUAACUUUCCCAUCUCCUCUCAAGUUAGACCCAACUGAGAUAUGAAAUCAUUCAAAACGAAAAAUUGACCAAGAAUCCUUUUUUUACAGAUACUUUGCAAAUCAAAGAAAAUAUGUCUCUUUUAUUAAAGAGGGAUUACAGUAGCAACAAGUACAGGUUAAAGUUCCUCAGAUCCAUUUUGAGGAACAUUAUAUCUUUUUAUAUAUAUGUUGAAAUCUCAUCCACAUUACCAGCGCUAACGUUGAAGUGAGCAUUUUGCCGUUUUUUAUUUUUGGAGGCUUUUUGAAAAGCUGUUUCAUCACUUGUUUCUUUUGAAUGCAUCUUUGCAACAUGUGAAGGCCUCAAGUAAGAAGAAGUUAGACAUAAUCACACAUGCCUCUGGUAAAAGGAGGAAAACAGCAGUGUUGUGUACUGUGGUGGUGACAAUUCUGGAAAAAUGCUAAGAGAAAUUUUCUGUCUUUUGUAAAGUACAGAGACCAGGAUCAGCAGCGCACCCUAAUAUGAGAGGGUUUCAAUGUUUUGCUUAAAGGUGCUGGAGCAGAGUAGACGUCUGAAUGUUUGGCUGUGACACAAAUCAGAGCUGCAGGAGAAGAUUUAAGGAAGAAUUUCAGGAAGAGCGUGUUCUUGAAAUCAAACCAAAACAAAACAAAACAGAAAGACAAAGAACAAAACACAGCAAAGCACUGCUGUAACUCACAGGUGUCACUGCUGCUUUUUUGAAAAAUUGUCGGCACACUAACUGAGGAAAACAAAAUAACAACAAACAGAUUAUUUAUUUUCUACAAAUUAAGCUGCUUAGUAGUUGCUAAGACAUCAGUCAAAAUUCGUUGCUGCCAAGUGCAAAUGGAAAUGGAAUAAGAAGCCCUUUGUCAGAGCAGUUGCAAGGAGAAUUAAGGAAAAUGUUGCAGACAGAUUUUAUAUGGCUUCUGUCAUCCUCGAGGAGCACCAUGAGGCCGGAGGCAUCGCUGACAUUUUCACUUCAAAAAAAAAAUAAAAAGAUAAUGACAUCAAUUUUUCUAUAUUGUUUCCAUGACAUCAUACCUACACUGUGGAUACAGAAACAGUUCACAUAACAUGGAUAAGACGGCACGAUAGGAAACGAGAGUGACUGUGUGACAGGAGGGAAAGCCAAAGGAAGUUCAGAUUCUGAAGCUGAGGUUUCCUGGAUGGUCAUUACUUAAUCCAGUGAACGCCUCCUGUUGAUGUGUCAAACGCUAACCACCGAUUUGCUAGGCGCACCGUGUAAAAUAUGCCAUGUC